CCCAAUUGACACCGCAAUCCUGAAGGUCCCCAUAUAUAAUCGUUGUCGGCCUUUUAACCUUUUUGUCAUCUCUCGCAUUCCAUCAUUCACACGCAAACCGACUUUUCGUCUUUUCACAAACACCACAUUCAAAAUGCCUGCUAUCGAGCACCCCACUAUCAAGGAUGGCUGGUUCCGUGAGAUCUCCGGCAUGUGGCCUGGUCAGGCCAUGACACUCAAGGUCGAGGAGGUUAUCCACCACGAGAAGAGCUUGUACCAGGAUGUCCUUAUCUUCAAGUCUACCGACUACGGCAUGGUCCUCGUCCUCGACAACGUCAUUCAGUGCACCGAGCGCGAUGAGUUCUCCUACCAGGAGAUGAUCACCCACCUUGCCAUGAACUCUCACCCCAACCCCAAGAACGUUCUCGUUAUCGGUGGUGGUGACGGUGGUGUCCUCCGUGAGGUCGUCAAGCACGAAUGCGUUGAGCAGGCUGUUCUCUGCGACAUUGACGAGGCCGUCAUUCGCCUGUCCAAGAAGUAUCUCCCCGGCAUGUCCGUUGGCUUCGACCACCCCAAGACUGAGACCAUCGUUGGCGAUGGCUUCAAGUUCCUCGAGGACAAGAAGAACCAGUUCGAUGUCAUCAUUACCGAUUCUAGCGACCCAGAGGGCCCCGCCGAGGCUCUCUUCCAGAAGCCUUACUUUGAGCUGUUGAACGGUGCCCUCCGUGAGGGUGGUGUGAUUACGACCCAAGGUUCUGAGAACCAGUGGCUGCACCUCCACAUCAUCACCGACCUCAAGAAGUCUUGCAAGGCUGUCUUCCCCAACGUCGAGUACGCCUACACCACCAUCCCCACCUACCCCUCUGGCCAGAUCGGCUUCAUGGUCUGCUCCAAGGACGCUGAGCGCAACCUCAAGAAGCCUCUUCGCAGCUGGACCUCUGAGGAGGAGGACAAGCUCUGCAAGUACUACAGCAAGGAGAUCCACGAGGCAUCCUUCGUACUGCCCACCUUCGCUCGCAAGGCUCUUGCUUCAGUUUAGAGCUUCCAAGCUUAAUCUUUUUCUCAUGCUCCGAUAUUUUAGAUACCACGACAUAUCAACGAACCUCAAAAGCACAACUUACCACAUGUUCAGCGCCAAUAAAUCGCCAGACUACAAUAUGCGCUUCAGUGACGGGCUCUGCGACGGGUAU